AAAACUUUCCAGCAAAAGUGGUCAUUGGUUAAAAAAAUGCUCCUCUUAGUCUCAACAAGUGGGAUUACAAAUAAAUCAAAUGGUUUAACGAGAUGAGAAUUCAUACCGGAGCAAUCCUUGGAUUUGCUCUUCUCCUCCAGAUACAGCUGGUACAGCUGAGCAAAUCUAAACCUGGAACUCAAUCCAAUCUAUUGAAUAAAGAAUGUUCCAGAUCUCUGGGUAUGGAGACAGGAGAUAUAAAAGAUUCUGAUAUCUCUGCUUCUUCGUAUUUUGACUAUCAUAGCGUUGGACCUCACAAUGCAAGGGUUCGUCAGGAUAUCCGGGGAGGAGCCUGGUGUCCUCGCUCCGUGAUCCAGGUCGGGGUGGAGGAAUGGCUGGAGGUUAACCUACACACGGAGCACUGGAUUACUGGAGCAGAAACCCAAGGAAGGUUCGGAGGAGGUCAGGGACAGGAGUUCACGGAGCAGUAUCAGAUUCAAUACUGGAGAGAGAGCAUAGGAGACUGGGUAACCUACAGAAACCAUUCUGGACAUGGUUUACUCCAGGGUAAUGAAAAUACUUACAUCACAAACUACGAGGACCUGGACCCGUCUCCUGUGGCGAGUAAGGUUAGAUUUCUUCCGUACAGUUCUCAUCCGCGUACAGUUUGCAUGCGCGUUGAGGUGUACGGUUGCUUGUACACCAAUCCAGUUUUGACGUACAGCGCGCCACCUGGCGACGAGUUUUCUCCAGGAGUUUAUCUCGAGGAUGUGUACGACGGUCAGAUUCAAGAUGGCGGAGCUAGACAAAAUGGCGGAGCUAAACAAGGAUUAGGAGUUCUCACAGAUGGACGGAUAGGAAGAAAUUUAUCGUAUACCGAUCAGGGGUUAAACUCAGCACCUGGUUGGGUUGGAUGGAGGAACAAGAAGAAUCCUCUGCAGCUGGAGUUUAAGUUGAAAACUCGUAUGAUGAUUUCCGGAGUAACUGUCUCAUGCUAUCAUAAACCGGAUAUGGGUAUUCAGGUUUUCAAACAGAUUCAAAUACGGGUUGGAAAUGGUUCUGGGAAACCCCAGCUUGUGAUUCUCAGCUCCAGCUCUGAUACUGUAGUCCCGGGGUUAAAUAAUCUCCAGCUUAAAGUGCCAAACAUCACUGCGGAGCAGUUCGUCCUUAGUAUAGAGUUCAAGGACAAGUGGAUUCUUAUUUCGGAGAUUAAUUUUUCAACAAUACCUAGCGGAGAAAUCAAAAACUUUGCGGAACCAGAAACGAAAACCAUGAAACCAAAACCUAAUCCUAAUCCAACCUAUGAAGUUGAACCUGAACCUGACUCCGGGUCCGGAGAUGUAUCAGAAGAAGGAGAAAAAUCCCCCGAGGUAUUGAAGGAUAUUGAAGAUCCAAACCAGGAUAUGCCUGACUCCCACAAACCGGAAGAGAGGGAGAAGAAUUCGUUUCCGGAGAAGAUGAAUGAUAAGAGUGAGACGUAUAUCGGAGUUGUGAUUGGUAUUCUCUCUGUAACCGUCCUUCUCCUCCUCUCCGCUAUCCUCCUUAUUCUAAGGAAAAAUAGGCAGAAGAUUUUCUCUAAACAUUCAAUGUUGAAAACACAUAUGGAGAAGAAAAAUGGGAACCUAACAAUGAAGGAGAUGCGUCUUCGACUUAGUCCUCUGAAGUCAACCUCACAUUCUUUACAAGGACCAUUCGGACACCUGGAGGAGUCGGACACAGAGGACGGAUCCAUGUACCAGGAACCAUUCAGGUUGGUGGAUCCUAACCCAGAGUUCCGAAAGCUUGUGAAAAACUACAGCUGCGGUAGGUUGUGUGAUUACGAUGAUUUCGGAUCCUUGAAUCCAGGAGCUUCAAACAAGUUUGGUUCUACUCCACUCUUUAACCUUCAAACCAAUGAUAGAAUGAGAAAACCAACCACGUCUAAAUCCUUUACAAAUAAUCUGUAUGAGAAGGAUUACAGGAAACCCAGUUUUGAUCCAGGAUACUCAGUUCCGAUCAGUAAAUCAAGACACAGUCUAGCUCCGGCUCUAUCCGUCCCUGCACCAGAGGAAACAUUCUACGCGGCGACAGAUAUUAUCAAGGAGACACGAAGACGAGAUUGUCGGACAAAUUCAUUGACAUGCAUGCUCCUUCCUCAGGGUCCCUUGAACCAGUGGAAGGACGGAUCUGAUCCAUGGAUAUCUCAACCUUCUCCCCCGGAUAGACCCAUUCCUGAUCUUAGUAGGAAGAAUUUGAGACUUGUUAAGAAACUUGGAGAGGGAAAGUUUGGUUUGGUAAGACCAGGAUUCCUUUUUUUACAAUAUUUUAAACUCCGGAUUCCAUUUAGAGAUAUUAAAUCUCUCUGGAAGAACAGUUCUAAACUUGAAAGAGACGAGUUUCUGAGUGCCGGACGACUGCUAGGAAAACUCUCCCAUCCCAACCUAUCCUUGGUAGUUGGUUUCUCAAGACAAGAUGAUCCGUACUGUAUACUCUCUGAGUACCUGGAGUACGGAGAUCUUUAUCAGUUCUAUCAAACCAACAACACUUUCUUGUCUGCGGAGGAUGCUCUGGAGUUUCGGAUGAAAACCUUGGUUCAGAUUUGCUCCGGGAUGGUUUAUCUAGACGGACUAGGUUGUGUGCACCGUGAUCUGGCGACCAGGAACUGUUUGGUUGGAUCUGAUUACAGGAUCAAGGUUUCAGAUCUAGGUAUAUUUCAACCCUUGUACGCCGCCUGCUACUAUACCUGUACAGAGGAUAGAAUACCACUCCGGUGGAUGCCCUGGGAAGCAGUUACCAUGGACGAAUGGAGCUCAGCUAGUGAUGUCUGGGCUUUCGGAGUUGUAAUCUGGGAAAUCCUGACAGAUUGUAGAACCCUUCCCUUCUCCAUACUCUCUGAUAUACAGCUGGAGGAGACAAUCAGGGAGCGGGUUCAGGUUCUACCCAGCUCUCCUGAGGAUUGGGAGGAUAGGGACGGAUUGGUGGAGAUCAUGUUUCAAUGUUGGAGUAGAGAACCUAGGCAUAGACCAUCCUUCUCCUCCAUCCUUCAACAGAUUAAUAGAUUAUCUUAGAUCAGUUCUCACACUAUUCAUGAGUAGGAUUUAUAUAUAUUCUCUACUCUAUGAGUAGGAUUUAUACAAAUUCUCUACUGCAGAAGUAGGAUUUAUAUAUAUUCUUAACUCUCGGAGUACGAAUUAUAUAUUCUAUACUCUUGGAGUAGGAUUCAUAUAUUCUCUACUCUAGCAGUAGGAUUUGUAUAUUUUCUCUACUCUAGAAGUAGGAUUUGUAUAUUUUCUCUACUCUAGAAGUAGGAUUUGUAUAUUUUCUCUACUCUAGAAGUAGGAUUUGUAUAUUUUCUCUACUCUAUAGAAGUAGGAUUUAUAUAUAUACUAUACUCUAAAAAUGACAAGACUUACUACACCAUCACUAUAUGGUCUGACUAGAAUACAACAUUACACUAUGGCCUUACUCCAAUACAUCAUUACAAUGUGGUCUUACUAGAAUACAUCAUAACAAUGUGGUCUUACUAGAAUACAUCAUUACAAUGUAGUCUUACUACAAUACAUCAUUACAAUGGGGUCUUACUACAAAACACCAUUACAAUAUGGCCUUACAACAAUACACCAUUACAAUAUGUUCUUACUACAAUACAUCAUUACAAUGUGGUCUUACAACAAUACACCAUCACAAUAUGGUCUUACUACAAUACAUCAUUACAAUGUGGUCUUACAACAAUACACCAUUACAAUAUGGUCUUACUACAAUACAUCAUUACGAUGUUGUCUUACUACAAUGCAUCAUUACAAUAUGGUCUUACUUCAAUACAUUAUUACAAUAUGUUCUCACUACAAUACAUCAUUACAAUAUGGUCAUAAUACAAUAAAUUAUUACCAUAUGUUCUUACUACAAUAUAUUAUUACCAUAUGUUCUUACUACAAUACAUUAUUUCCAUAUGUUCUUACUACAAUACAUUAUUACCAUAUGUUCUUACUACAAUACAUCAUUACAAUAUGGUCUUACUACAAUACAUCAUUACAAUAUGGUCUUACUACAAUACAUCAUUAUAAUAUGGUCUUACUACAAUACAUCAUUACAAUAUGGUCUUACUACAAUACAUCAUUACAAUAUGGUCUUACUACAAUACAUCAUUACCAUAUGUUCUUACUACAAUACAUCAUUACAAUAUGGUCUUACUACAAUACAUCAUUAUAAUAUGGUCUCACUACAAUCUAUCUAAAUUUUCCUGUAGAAAAUGUUUUUUGUUGCAGAUCCCAAAUUAUAUAAUUUUUGUCAGUGUUCUAUUUCUACGGUGUUAGAAUUAAUAAAUGUUCUAAACUAAUCUGUAUUUUCUCCAUUUCUAAAAGUUCUCCUGCAAUAAUUAGAUUAAAAUUCAAAUAAGAAGAUUAAUUUCGAACUUUCAGUGCUGAGACCAAGAUUAAGAUGAGGAAGGAUCUAGAUAAUAAACCUUUAAUUAAAGUCAGAUUUUGCCUUUACUAUUUAUUACCUUUAAUGUAGAUAAUACAUAGUUUUUAAGUAUGUGUAUAGUAUGUUGUACAAUGUACAAGAUAUAAUAUAUAUGUUGUAAAUAUAUUGUAUUAUUGUAAAUUCUUAAAAUUUAACCCUUCUCCCUGGUCAAUGUUUUGUACUAAGAUACGCCUUACCCGUUGUACAUUGUAAAUUACAUGUAAAUUGUACAAUGCUUUAUGUACAGAGUUUACUGUACAUAAUCUCAGUUUAAACCAAUCUGAUUAAACAUUAUUUAAAGUAUAAAAUGAUUUACGACGUGUUUAAUGUUUUAAUAUAUUUGUAACUGUGAUACUUUCCCCCGCUAGUAAAAUAUAUUAGUUCUCCUA